AAAAAUCCAUAUAUUUUGACAACUUAACUGUCAACGUCAUCUCUUGCUGUCAAACCUGACACCUUCUGUCAACCGAUUGUUUUGAAAUGUUUAAAUGUGACCCUGUGUUUUAGUUACAAAAUAAUUCAUAUUGAAAAAAAUAUAGCGAAUAAAAUCGCAAAAAUGGUAAAACCCAAAGUGAGCAGCGGGUACCUAACGCCCCAAGCGAAAAAACAUAAACCCGCUUCAACAAAGAAAACCACGACCAGUCAGGACGCCGAAAUGAACGGGGGGAUUGACGAGGAGGUCUUUCAGGCCCUCAUGAACGACCCGGAAAAGAAACAGGCCAUUUUACAACUACUCCUGGACAAUAAGGAGGCCAUCGAGGACUACCGUAAGAAGGAGCAGGCUGCCAAAGUUGCUAGUCCAACAAACAAGGUGAAAAGAUCCGAGAAGCAUCUUGAGAGCCCUAGUGCAUUGUUACGGAAGAGGUUGGAAAAGAUGCAUGGUACUCCUUGUUCUUGUGCUCCCUCCAUCAGCACAUCGGCAUCAGAGUCAAGAUGUUCCAGUCCGAAUUGUUUGAGUCCAGAGUCCUUAAAUAAAGUACUGAGGGGUGUGGUUGCCUUUUUGGAUAUCAAAAAUAGACAGGGAGAAGAUAAAUCUGCAGGGGCUAAAUCUGUAUUGAUUUCUUUGGGAGCAAAGAUUAGGGACACAUUUACUAGUGAUGUCACCCAUGUAGUAUUUAAGGAUGGUUCGCUCUCAACAUAUGAGAAGGCGAAACUGAGGAACAUUCAUCUGGUGUCAAUCCUUUGGGUGGAUUUUUGCAGAAAGACCCGAUGGAAGCAAAGCGAACGCCUGUACCCGGCAUUGAGAAGCGCGUACGACGACGAAUCGAUGAUCUGCUCGCAAAUGGAAAAAGACUAUGAAGCAAUCAUCAGGGACGAAUACAAAAAGAGUAUGACCCAAGGCACUCCUUUGCCCAGCACCAGGGCCUUAAUAGACCGACGUAGAACGUUAAUGACCCCGUUCGGCGGCUCCUUUAUUAGCACCUCAGACUCCCAAAAUACCGAGGAUAUCGAGGUCGCCGCAAUAAAUGGCUUUAAUAUGUCCCAAAACCUCGUCGCGACUGAAUCUUUAGUAAUGAACGACCCGGAAAACUUUACGCAACCGAUAAGAACCCCAUCGUUAAGGGUUUUAACGUCUAUAGAAAACACCGAUAUGGAAUUGACUAGCAUCCCUGAGACCCAAUCGAUUGUUACUCCUCAAAUCCAUAUGGAACUGACAGAUGUUUGCGCUAAGAGAAAAACUCACCGGAGACGAACCAUUUGCAACUCUUUAAUGUCCUCCGACAAUUCCACGUUAAGUGGUUUGGCUAAAGAGAACUCUUUUGGACCUAAGGAAGGACCUGACUUAAGAGGAGUUGAGGAACAGUCUUUUAUUAUAGGUAAAAACUCUGUGAAAGUCCGAAGUUUGAAUGGGGACGUGGAGAAAACUGCUUCGGCCAUAUCGGUGCUGAAAAUCUCUUCUGACGAUCGGUUUUCGCUUCGAUUAACUGAAGAUUCUGAUAAGCGGAAGCGCAUGUCGCAACUUUUCAGCGAUAAAGGAUUCGCUUUGCGAUUGUCUAGUGAAAAACAGGCUUCGAUGUCGGCGUUGCAGCUUUCUUCUGAUAAACAAUCGAUUUCUGCCAGUGGUCUUUGCCGGCCUGGUAAAAAGUCUUCUGACACAGAUUCCGUGUCAUCGAAUGACUCUGAAGUCUUGAUUACCACUAAAAACGUGACUAAAAAUGAUUGUGUGAGCCAAAUGGAGCAGCCAGGAAAGAAAAGCGUAGGCAGAGCCAGGAGAAAAACUUUGGGGCCUGAACAUGUUCGACGUGAUAUUUGUUUAGAUUCACCGGGACGCCAAAAAGGCAACUCCGACGAGUCCUCCGGGAACGUUCAGACACUAAAUAAAACCAAAUCAAAAUUCGGAAAACGUAAACUUUAUUGUCCCGGGGACCAGAUUUUACUCACCGAACUGGACGAUGAGGUAGAACGGCAACAGCGACGCGAAGAGUUGCAAAACAGAAAAAGAAAAUCCAGUGACGAGAUCGUUUUACCCUUGGGCGAUUUAAUGAAGAAACUCCCGGCCGUGUCGACGUCUUCGGAGAGCGAAGUGCCUUUAAUCACGCCACCGAAGAGAACGAGAAAAAAAACCCAAAAGAAACAACCGGAAAUAAAUGAAUCGUUUGACAGUUCGAUGGAUGCGCAAAAUGAGCUUCUAGAGGAGGUUUUGCGCAGGAAAAAAGAAGAGGAAACGUCCAAGAAGUCACCAGGUGCCUCUUCGAGAAAAACCAAACCGAACGUACUUGAGCCUCGUACACCAUCCACCAGAAGGUCCAUGAGAAUAAUUAAGACGCCCGCCGUAGAUGUUCAAGAAACCCGGAAAGUUGCUCCAAGAAACAGACGCAGUACAUUAGAUUACAUGUCAAAGAGUGAAAUAGCCUCACAUAUGAAGAAAGCAUACAAAAAAGGAGAAAAAGUCGGGAUGUCCACUAUCGUUUGCACUAAGUGCCAUAAAGCUGAUGUUCAGCUUUUUGGUCAAAUUGUAAAAAAAUUAGGAAAAUUCACGGUGGAAGACGAGGUUACCGAUAAAACGACCCAUUUAAUAGCGGGUGAAUCCAAACGCACCGUGAACAUGUUAAGGGGCUUGGUUAGAGGGUGUUGGAUACUCAAGUACGAAUGGCUACUUAGAUCUCUUGAAGAAGGCAAAUGGUUACCGGAGGAGGAUUUUGAAGUGACGGACUUUUCACCCGCAGUUCAGAAAUGCCGUCUAGAGCGUCAAGCGUUCGGCUCGAGAUACAAAAUGGACGUGUUCGAGUCGUGUCCGCCGAUUUACGUGGCUCUAAAUGCCACCCCGCGUUGUUCGGAUUUGAGAGAACUUAUCACGACUUGUAAAGGCAAAAUAGUGAGAUUAACGAAAUUAGCGCAAAUCGUUGUGGGGCAAUAUUGCGAGGGCGCCGUAUGCGUUAACGAGUCUUGGGUACUCGAUUCUAUCACUUUUUAUAGAACGAUGCCUUUUAAAGAUAAAUAUUUGAUUAAGGGAUAGUGCGUAAAUGAAUGUUAUAGACUGCAUGGACCUCUAAUGGUAUUUAUUUGUAAAAUAACUUAUAAGAUAUAUUAUUAUCAUUUAUUUUGUACAUUUUAUCAAUCAAUUUUGUCUUAUAUAUUAUUAUUAAACUUUUAUUCUACAAAAAAAAA